AACACACUGAUAGAUCAGCAAGCAACUCCUUGCAACCCAUUUUAUUUUCUUCCUAAAACAUUUACUUAUUUAUUUCCUUUUUUCUCAAAACAAGACAACAAAAUGUCUUUAAUAGCUCUAUUUGACGGUCGCAAAAGCCAUGCACGGCAUGUACAAAAUCCUCAUUAUCCUCCACCACCAGCACCAGCAACAACAAUUACGCAUCAAUUCCAAACAAAUCAGGAUCGACAGGAUCCUUACGUUUUACCAACAACCAAAAUUACCCGUCAAUCUCAAACUAAUAGAGGUCGACAGGAUCCUUAUGAUCCCUCUCGCGAAUUUUAUCUUCAAAACCCUCGUUCUCUCAUAGCACCAGCAUUAUCCUUUGCUCAAGAACCCCAAUCUCAAGCACAAAUUGAGUAUAAAGAAACCCCAGAGGCACAUGUUUUUAGAGCUAAUUUGCAUGGAUAUAAGAAAGAAGAAGUGAAGGUACAAGUGGAAAAUGAUAGAGUCCUAAAGAUUACUGGGGAGAAGAAAUUAGUACAAAAACAAUAUGAUAAUUGGCACCAUUUUCAGAGAAGAAAUGGGAAUUAUUCUACUGCUUUUAACUUGCCUGAGGAUGCUAGGGCUGAUAAGGUGAAAUCAUCAAUGGAGAAUGGAUUGCUUGUUAUUACUGUUCCAAAGAAGGGAGCCAAGAAAUCUAGAACAUUUUUUUUUAUAUAAUGGGUUGAAUUUCUUUUGAUAUUUAUAUUUUGUGUCAAGAAAAUAAUGGGUUCAAUUGUACUUCAGUUGAAUUUUUUGAACAGAGGAUCCAUACUUCGGCAUCAAGUGAUGUGGAAAUAAAGAGGAAAAAAGGGAAAUUAAGUGACAAUCGAUUAAGCUAGCGUGCUUCUGUAAUUGUAGUAGCUAUAGCUACUCAUGAUAAAUAAAGGAUAUUUUUUUCAUGAUUA